UCAAAUUCAGUCAGUGACAAAAAAAAAGUAAAAGUGCUAUUUCGUUUGUUGAUUUGUCCCCAAAAGCUGUAAAUUAUUUUUAUAAAAUUCUAGUUACUAUAUUCACUACAUUGCAAAGAAUUUGUUACAUAAAUUGUAUGCACUAAAACUGACAAGUGGUUAAAAUCGUGCUUGUAAGACCAAAGUCACUAAACACAAGUUCAUAAUAUUUAGGAAUGGGUUUGAAUUAAAUUUGAUUGAAGAUGGAAUCUGUUCGAAGAUCAUGGAAAUUACAGGAAUUUGUCGCCCACAAGGCAAACGUCAAUUGCCUGGCGAUGGGACAUAAGUCUAACCAAGUUUUAGCAACUGGAGGCGAUGACAAAAAGGUGAACUUAUGGGCUAUUGGCCGACAGAGCUGCUUAAUGAGCUUAAGUGGACAUACGACUCCUGUAGAGUGUGUCUGCUUUGGACAUUCUGAGGAUCUUGUUUGUGCUGGUUCACAAACUGGUGCCUUGAAAAUUUGGGACUUGGAAGCAGCUAAACUUUUGAGAACAUUUACUGGACAUAAAGGUGCCAUCAAAUGUAUGGACUUCCAUCCAUAUGGAGACUACCUAACUACAGGCUCCUGUGACAGUAAUAUAAAACUCUGGGACACAAGAAAAAGAGGUUGCAUUGUGACUUACUCUAGCCAUCGCUUGGCUGUUAAUAGUUUACAAUUUAGCCCUGAUGGACAAUGGAUUGCUUCAGCCUGUGAGGAUGGAUUAGUAAAAGUGUGGGACGUGCGUGUAGGGAAAGUUUUGCAAGAGUUUAUGGAGCAUACAGCUUCAGUCACAUGCAUUAAAUUUCACCCACAUGAGUUCCUGUUAGCGAGCUGUGGCACAGAUAGAACUGUCAACUUUUGGGACAUGGAGAAAUUUCAAUUAGUUUCUAAAUUUGAAAAAGAGAAUACUUCCAUAAGGCAUAUGGUGUUCAGUGAUGAUGGAACUACAUUGUUGGGUUGUGGUUACGAUGGACUGCAUGUCAUUGGCUGGGAGCCUGCUAGAGUAUUGGACACUGUGCACGGACACUGGGGACAAAUCCAUGACAUAACUGUUGCUCAAACACAACUUAUUGCUGGUUCAUUCCAUUCAACCUAUGUAGUGUUAUCUGUUGUUGAUCUCAAUAAAGUACAUCCAUUUGGUGGUCCACCUCCUAUGGUGCCUACUGUAGUUAGAGACCUUUCACCAUUUCAAAAGGGACAUUCUGUAAGAAAGAGUUUUUCAAAAGAAAAGCCACCAAAAGAAGUGAUGCAUAGACCAACACUGUUAGACGAAAAAACUGCUGAGGAAUCUACAUCAGGGACAGAAGCCGAUGAGGAUUCAGGUGCAGUUAUACCUAAUAUUAAUGACUACACUGAAAUUUUCCGACCUUCUAGAUCAUUGACGCGUACGCCACCGCCGGCUACCAGCUUAUCAUCCGAAGACUAUUCUUUACCAACGCAAGAGUCGAGCGUAAAGCUGGAGUCGAGCGUGAGCAACUGCCUACGCGGACUGGUCCUCGAGGAGAGCGCAGGCCGACCCGCGCCGCAGCCCUCGCCGCCGCAGCGGCAGCGCACCGACUACUCGCGCAUACCCACCUCUACUAAGGAACACUAUGCUUUGGAUAAGAAGGCGGAGCUGUUCUCAAGGGUGAUGGACAAUACUAAAGAGGAUAACACGUUUGCGACGGCGCAAACUUCCGUCAUAAGAGAUUACGCUGCCAGCCCGCUCUCUGCGAGCACCCUUAACCGACAUAAUUCCUAUAAAGAGACCAAAUCCACUACAGAAAUAUCCAAUAGCAAUCUCCGUCAAAGCAACAGUGAAAUAUGUUUAGGCCCACCAUCCUUGGGUCCAAGAUCAUUGUCUUUUACCAGAACAAAUGAAACAACUAGGCGAAGAGUGGAGAAUGUCGUCCGUGAAAGUAUCCCAGUGUCCCGCAAUGUGGACGCCGUAGAACGGGAACCAGAGCCCGAGUUCGUACCGUUCGCUACUGACCGCCCUGUCGGAUUGGACCUUGACGAGUUUCUGCCGCGCGGCGUGGGCGCGGGCGGCGCGCGGCGUGGCGCACGAGGCGCGGGCGCGGAGCCCAGCGAGCAGGAGGUGCUGGGCGUCAUGAUGCGCGGACACGACUCCAUGAUGGCCGUGCUCACCGCCCGCCAGCGCGCCUUGCAGGUCAGUACUACAGGGCGCGGAGCCCAGCGAGCAGGAGGUGCUGGGCGUCAUGAUGCGCGGACACGACUCCAUGAUGGCCGUGCUCACCGCCCGCCAGCGCGCCUUGCAGGUCAGUACUACAGGGCGCGGAGCCCAGCGAGCAGGAGGUGCUGGGUCAUGAUGCGCGGACACGACUCCAUGAUGGCCGUGCUCACCGCCCGCCAGCGCGCCUUGCAGGUCAGUACUACAGGGCGCGGAGCUAGCGAGCAGGAGGUGCUGGGCGUCAUGAUGCGCGGACACGACUCCAUGAUGGCCGUGCUCACCGCCCGCCAGCGCGCCUUGCAGGUCAGUACUACAGGGCGCGGAGCUAGCGAGCAGGAGGUGCUGGGCGUCAUGAUGCGCGGACACGACUCCAUGAUGGCCGUGCUCACCGCCCGCCAGCGCGCCUUGCAGGUCAGUACUACAGGGCGCGGAGCUAGCGAGCAGGAGGUGCUGGGCGUCAUGAUGCGCGGACACGACUCCAUGAUGGCCGUGCUCACCGCCCGCCAGCGCGCCUUGCAGGUCAGUACUACAGGGCGCGGAGCUAGCGAGCAGGAGGUGCUGGGCGUCAUGAUGCGCGGACACGACUCCAUGAUGGCCGUGCUCACCGCCCGCCAGCGCGCCUUGCAGGUCAGUACUACAGGGCGCGGAGCUAGCGAGCAGGAGGUGCUGGGCGUCAUGAUGCGCGGACACGACUCCAUGAUGGCCGUGCUCACCGCCCGCCAGCGCGCCUUGCAGGUCAGUACUACAGGGCGCGGAGCUAGCGAGCAGGAGGUGCUGGGCGUCAUGAUGCGCGGACACGACUCCAUGAUGGCCGUGCUCACCGCCCGCCAGCGCGCCUUGCAGGUCAGUACUACAGGGCGCGGAGCUAGCGAGCAGGAGGUGCUGGGCGUCAUGAUGCGCGGACACGACUCCAUGAUGGCCGUGCUCACCGCCCGCCAGCGCGCCUUGCAGGUCAGUACUACAGGGCGCGGAGCUAGCGAGCAGGAGGUGCUGGGCGUCAUGAUGCGCGGACACGACUCCAUGAUGGCCGUGCUCACCGCCCGCCAGCGCGCCUUGCAGGUCAGUACUACAGGGCGCGGAGCCCAGCGAGCAGGAGGUGCUGGGCGUCAUGAUGCGCGGACACGACUCCAUGAUGGCCGUGCUCACCGCCCGCCAGCGCGCCUUGCAGGUCAGUACUACAGGGCGUCAGUACUACAGGGCGCGGAGCCCAGCGAGCAGGAGGUGCUGGGCGUCAUGAUGCGCGGACACGACUCCAUGAUGGCCGUGCUCACCGCCCGCCAGCGCGCCUUGCAGUCACCGCCCGCCAGCGCGCCUUGCAGGUCAGUACUACAGGGCGCGGAGCCCAGCGAGCAGGAGGUGCUGGGCGUCAUGAUGCGCGGACACGACUCCAUGAUGGCCGUGCUCACCGCCCGCCAGCGCGCCUUGCAGAUAUUCCAUUCGGUUCGAAUCAACAAAAAUUUACGGUCAGCUUUAGAAUCAAUUAUCGCCUUAGAAGAUACAUCAGUAAUCUUGGAUAUACUCAACAUAAUGGCGCACAAACCGUCCUUAUGGAAUUUAGAUAUCUGUUUACUGAUGCUCCCGAAGAUAUAUGAAUUAUUACAGAGCAAAUACGAAUCAUACAUGCAGUGCGGCUGCAACGCCCUGAGACUGAUCGUGCGCAACUUCUCGUCGGUGGUGCGCGCCAACGUCAGCGCGCCCGUGCGCACGCUCGGCGUCGACAUCCCGCGCGAGGAGCGCUACGCCAAGUGCGCGCAGAUCCACCGCCUACUACUGGACGUGCGUGCCUUCCUCCUCAAGCGGCAGACGCUGCAGGGCCGGCUCGGCGCCGCCUUCCGCGACCUGCACACGCUCAUGCAGCAGGGGCUCGACUGACCGCCGCCGCGCCGCCCCGCGUGUCCACACUGCACCAGCGCGGCUACUCCGUAACACUGGCCGCAUUUACGGCUCUCAUGAACUUUUAAACGAGCUACAGGACCGCCGGGGUUAUUACGAAACAGUUGCCAACUGCGAAAAAUGUAUGGAAACUAGCGCCACCUGCAAUGAGGGCUAUCGUUUUUAUACUUAACAGUUGGCACCCCUGGCGAUUGACAGGACCUUACUCUACAGAGGCGCCAUCUUGAUGAGUGCAAAUGCGAUAGUCCUCCUACCACUUUAGCGCUCACAAGUUGGCGCCACUGUCUUCGCUACUAGCAAGUGACAGGACCUUACUCUACAGUGGCGCUAACUGGUGAGCGCUAAAACGAUAGCCCUCAUUGAACGCGGCGCUGUCAUUGGUUGGCGUACCAGUUGCAUUGCUUUAUUGCAACUGAUCGCUAAGAUCUGUAAUAAGCCUGCGGGAAUGGGAGUAUAGCGUUGCGGAGUAAACUCGCAGAAGUGACUUUCUUAUGGCAUUUAUAACAAUCACCAAUCGUAGGGACUGCAAAAAGUUUUAGUAUCUAGCUGUUGCUUGCAUGAGAUAUUAUAAAAUUCCCUAAAUAAGUAAAAAUUCCAUAUUCCUUGUAACUAAUAACAUGAUAUCUCACUCUAUUAAGGAUUAAAUUUAUGUAGUUGACUAGCUAUCACUUAAUUUGGGUGCAAUUCUGAGUUGGCAAUAAUAGUAUUAAACAAACAUAAAUCUUUAGAAACAUUAUUAGAUCCUAAAUUGAAUAACAUUUUUUAAUUUCAUUUUAGUUUACCAAUUACACGUCAUGAUAAUUAAUUGUGUUAAUAAUGAUUUCGUUUCAUUAAAAUCUGUAAACUUUGUUAUUGUUUUGGGUGUUAUUGUAUUCAGCAAAAUUACCUUGAAAUGUAUUAUGCGUCUAGAGAUAGGCAUUUAUCCAUGUUGAAUAGAUAACCAAGUUUGACAGUUAUUUCUAAAUUAGGAGUUGUUACAAAUCUAACAUGAGAUAGUCCCAUUUUCAUUUUAGUAUAAAUUCUUCAAUUAAUGUUUGCAAUUUUGUUAAUCUACUUGAUUGAUACAUUGAACAAAUUAAAAUGACAAUGAUUAAUCAUAGUAAUAUUAGUCCAGUCAAUGAAUGCCUUAACGACGGUGUAGAGAGAAAUCCGUGGAACACAAUUUCUGACCUCGGGACUUUAUUUAGCCUAGUUAGGUGGUGAACAUACCAAAAGUCCCCGCCCUUAGCCCUUGAGCCGGCGGGGAGAGGGGGGUUUAAAGGUACCACUUUUCGGUUUUUCGCUUAAUCCUCGGAAACUAUGCGUCCUAGUGACAUGACUACUAUGAACCAAAAAAAGCUUAUUCAAUUUGCUACAGGUGAGACAGUCAAGUUUUUCUAUAUCUUGCAUAGUUUUUGCGGCAUCUGCUCUAGAAGGUCUGUAAAAUUGGAAAUUUUAUUGUUGUCUUACAUGUUCCUUUCAGGAGAAAAUCGACUAAAUCAACAUUGAGCAAACACUAUAGACAUGCGGGAGCAUGUUAAGCCUAGUUCCAUGGAGGGGACUGCACCGUGCGUAUAUUUAGACGAACCAAUUAGAGCCACUUUUGACUCCUCAUCAUUCAAAAACUACUGUGCAUUAACACUUCAAAUUUGGCUCAUGUAUUGAGACUUGCAAGAUGUACAUCAGCUUCAAAUUUCAUAAAUAUACCUCAAACGGUUAUUUAGGUAUUGACGUUCAAAAAUCGAUAUUUAGAGCACUACUAUCUAUCUAUCACAUGUGAAAUGUUAAAAUUUACUGGUUUUUUAUUUGUUCCUUUGUAUUUACAUAACUACCUUUCUGGAUGCCAAAUUUGAACCUUCGAGGUCAUCUGGAAGUGGUUAGAAUUUGGUCUAUAGGUCAGACAUGUAGAUUUUUGGACGUCAAUAUCUAAAGAACCGUUUGAGGCAUAUUUGUAAAAUUUGAAACUGAUGUAUAUCUUGUAAGUCUCAACACAUGAGCCAAAUUUGAAGUGUUAAUGCAGAGUAGUUUUUGAGUGAUGAGGACUCAAAAGUGGCUCAAAGUGAUUCGUCUAAAUAUACGCACGUUGUAGUCCCCUCGCUGGAACUAGGCUUAACAUGCUCCCGCAUGUCUAGAAUGAUUGCUCAAUGUUGAUUUAGUAGAUUUUCUCCUGAUGGGAACAUGUAAAACAAAAAUAAAAUUUCCAAUAUUACAGACCUUCUAGAGCAGAUGCCGCGAAAACUAUACAAUUUAUAGAAAAACUUGUCUAUCUCAUCUGUAGUAAAUUGAAUAUGAUUUUUUUGGUUCAAAGUAGUCAUGUCACUAGGACGCAUAGUUUCCUAGGAUUAAGCGAAAAACCGAAAAGUGGCACCUUUAAACCCCCCUCUCCCCGCCGGCUCAAGGGCUAAGGGCGGGGACUUUUGCUAUGUUCACCUCCUAACUAGUCUAAAUAAAGUCCUGAAGUCAGAAAUUGUGUUCUAUAGUUUUCCAUCUAUAAUGCUUUAUUGACUGGACUAUAUGAUGUUAGUGAAGUGCCUUAUUUGUAAGGACAACCCAAUGAUUAUUAAAUAAAUUCUAGAAAUAUAUAUUUGGUACUUGAACAUAGUCAUUAAAUUGUAACAUUACAUUUAAUCUAACAUUAUGUAAGAUUUCUAUUGAUUAAUUUUAAAAACAAUAAUACACUAAUUAUGUAAUUUAGAAAUAUGCAUUCAGUUGCUGGUUAAAUUAACCUAUAAACCCAUGAAAAUGUACUUAAAUUAGGCUAAAACCACAAAAUUGUUGUUAAAUGAAAUAAUAAGUAAAAGGAGAAUUAAAUUAUGUGAAAAUUUUAAAUAAUAAAGAGUUUAUUGAAUA